ACUUAGAUCGUUGUGAUACAUGAGCGUCUUGAACAGGAUGCCGAGGGACCGUCUCCGUUGUCGUUUACACCGUAGUUGACGGUCGGUAUCAUUCAGUUUGAAUUCUAGAUUGGCUCUGUAGAUCCGACACUACCCCAAGGUCCGCCUCGGUCACCAGAUUGCUACUUAUGAACGAAGAUGCUCGUGUCAUCCACAGACAAAUCUAAUGCCCAUGCAGCACCUCCGUUUCUGGCGGACAAAUCGCUCCCGCCGAACACCCAUUGCGUUGGCCGCUCUAUUCCUCCGAAGCCGCAUUCCGUCGGACAUCAAUCUCGCGAGCGAUCUUCUCGAACUCGCCGAACUCGCCGACAAGCUUCCACAGCUUCCACUGUUCGGCACCAUGGGGCUCGAGGCGGCGGACCUGGCCCCGAUCAACGCGGUCAUGGCCCCGACCACCGCGGCCGUGCUGCAGUUGCGCGGAAUACGAGAAGCGGCGGAGGAGAUGGAGAUGAGGAGAGAGGCGCGAGAGAGGGGUCGUAAGUAUGGGCUGCCGGAUCUGCUGACAGGCGGAAGCGUGCGGCGGUGGUUUUUAAGCGGAUACAAGUACGAAAAGUGGACUUGGACGGCGUCGAGGAGAACGGUGCAGUCCAUUCAGAAGGCGGUCAUGCAAGCCCAGCGUCCGUAUGCGCCAUUGCUCACCCUUCGCAUCUGUUCUCGACUGAAGUUUCAUUUAAUAUACAUGCCGCAGAAAGCCAGUCAAGUGUUCCAUAUGGGGUGGUUGCUUCAAAAGACAUUGGGCCUACACCUCGGGGUUUGUUGGCGGAUACUCAACAUGGCCGAAUACUGGGUGCAAUUUGCAAAUGAAGCUCACAUGUCCUCCUCGUCGUCUAAAACAAGAUUCUAUCGCCGAGCGGAUGCCAAUCAUUACUAGGACCAUAAUAGUGGAUAUGCCAAGGGAGGCGGGAAGCUUCAAACGGCUGCGCUGAGUAAGGCUCGCCGUAGGUGGUCAUAACAUGGUGACGCAUCCACAUCUUGAGGAUUCGCAUGAGUGGCCCUACACAAGCCUUACACACUCAGAGUAGACGGCGAUCUGCCCUAAAAACACGUUGUCUACGAGCUC